AUGAGCGGACGGCAGAGAACGCUUUUCCAGACUUGGGGCCCGAGCCUCGUGCGCGGCGCCGGCGCUGCGGGCUGCGGCCAGGCGCGCUCGCCCGCCACCGUGGCGGAGGCGCUGCAGGAGGAGGAGGACGAUGACGACGUGAUGCUGGUGGCGGCGUACGAGGCCGAACAGCAGCUGGAUCCCGAGGACGGCGGCUUCUGCGCGGCUGCGGGCGGCCUGUGGAUUUACCCCACCAAUUGCCCGGUGCGCGACUACCAGCUGCACAUCUCCCGGACCGCGCUCUUCUGCAACACCCUGGUGUGCCUGCCCACCGGGCUGGGGAAGACCUUCAUUGCUGCGGUGGUCAUGUAUAAUUUCUACCGCUGGUUCCCUUCCGGCAAGGUAGUUUUCAUGGCACCCACGAAACCCCUGGUGACACAGCAGAUGGAGGCCUGUUUCCACGUGAUGGGUAUCCCGCAGUCUCAUAUGGCUGAAAUGACAGGUUCAACCCAAGCUGUCAACAGGAAGGAGGUGUGGUGCAGCAAGAGGGUCCUUUUCCUUACACCUCAGGUCAUGGUGAACGACCUGACUAGAGGAGCUUGUCCUGCUGCCCAUGUAAAGUGUCUCGUGGUUGAUGAGGCUCAUAAGGCUCUUGGAAACUACGCUUACUGCCAGGUUGUAAGGGAACUGGUCAAAUACACAACUCAUUUCCGAAUCUUGGCUCUUAGUGCCACACCAGGUAGUGAUAUCAAGGCCGUGCAACAGGUGAUUACCAACCUCCUGAUCGGGAAGGUGGAACUUCGUUCUGAAGACUCUCCGGAUAUUUUGCCUUACUCUCAUGAAAGGCGAGUAGAGAAGCUCGUUGUUCCCCUAGGGGAAGAACUUGGAGCCAUCCAAAAGACAUACAUCCGGAUUUUGGAAACAUUUGCCAGUUGUUUGAUUCAGAGAAAUGUUUUGAUGAAAAGAGAUAUCCCCAAUCUAACAAAAUACCAGAUAAUUCUCGCAAGAGAUCAAUUUAGGAAGAACCCAUCCCCAAAUAUUGUGGGAAUUCAAGGUGUAAUUGAGGGAGAGUUUGCCACCUGUAUCAGUUUGUAUCAUGGGUAUGAGUUACUGCAGCAAAUGGGAAUGCGAUCCUUAUAUUUCUUCCUUUCUGGAAUCAUGGAUGGGACCAAAGGAAUGACAUGGGCAAAAAAUGAGCUCAGCCGCAACGAGGACUUCAUGCAGCUCUACAGUCGCCUGGAGAGUAUGUUUGCCCACAUGCAAGAUCCUGCAGCCAGCAAUGCUCUGGCCUUCCAGAAAGGAAAUAAAGAGAAAACAUUUUUCUAUAGUCAUCCGAAGUUAAAGAAACUGGAAGAAAUUAUAAUUGAACACUUCAGGUCAUGGAAUGCUAAAAACACCGCUGAAACAAAGUGCCCCGAGACCAGAGUUAUGAUCUUCUCCUCGUUCCGAGACAGUGUGGAGGAAAUUGCGGAAAUGCUUUCCCGGCACCAGCCGCUCAUCAGAGUGAUGACAUUUGUCGGCCACGCCUCAGGGAAAAACACGAAAGGCUUUACCCAGAAGGAGCAACUACAGGUGGUGAGACGGUUCCGUGACGGCGGGUAUAACACGCUGGUUUCCACCUGUGUUGGGGAAGAAGGCUUGGAUAUAGGGGAAGUCGAUCUUAUCAUAUGCUUUGAUGCCCAGAAGAGCCCAAUCCGUCUCAUACAGCGCAUGGGCAGAACUGGCCGCAAGCGGCAAGGAAGGAUCGUUGUUAUCCUCGCGGAGGGCCGGGAAGAGCGCACAUAUAAUCAGAGCCAGUCCAACAAAAGAAGCAUUUAUAAAGCCAUUUCAGGUGACAGACAAGUGCUUCAUUUUUACCAAGGAAGUCCACGAAUGGUUCCUGAGAAUGUCAAUCCCGAGCUGCACAAGAUGUUCAUCACACAUGGUGCCUUUGAGCCCGAGAAGGCUCGGGACGUGCGGCGGAAGCCCUCCUCCUCGAGGACUGGAGUGAAAGCUAUUAAUAAAGACGGGUUCUUAUCAGAAGAGGAAUUUAACCUCUGGAAGAGACUCUACAGGUUGGGCGAUGGUGACCAGGUGAAAGGAGUGGAGUUGCCUGAGUCUCACUUCCCAUCUUUACAGGAGGACACCAUGCCUAAAGAACCAACUGCUGGAAUUCGUCAACUCUCACUCUCAGAAUGGAGGCUGUGGCAAGACCAUCCGCUUCCUACACAUCAAGUUGACCAUUCAGAUCGUUGCCACCAUUUUAUAAGCGUCAUGCAGAUGAUAGAAGAAAUGAGACAAGAAGAGGAUGAAUGUAGCUAUGAGCGGAAAAUUAAGCCUUUUCUACGAAUGGAAGAUGUCAGACCAACAUGUAAUACACCGAGGAAUGCAUAUAAGAAUCUAGCCAGUGUCACCACAAUUACUCACAAGCCAUCAGUUAGACCAAGUGCAGGUGAAGGCUGCUCCUCCUCCUCUUCGGUGAUCGUGUCUGAUGACGAGACUUCUCCCAAGUGUACGGAGACUGCUCUCAGGGAAAAAGCUUCUGGAGCAAUGGGGAAAGACCUGGCUAGGGAAGAAAGCAAUGAGGCUGCGGCUUCUCCCAACAUCUGCGGACAUUCUGCAGAAGCUGUUUCCCGGAUAGACCCACUGAAUGGGGAAAGCGUGGCAGGUGCAGGUGGCAUCACCGCCGUGGGUACUGUUAGUGAUGAUGAUAGCCACCCUGGAGCAUCACUAACGGAGUGUCGGGCUGCCGAUAAGUCCCGCUCAUUUGCCAGGUAUUCCUUAGAUUCUGGUUAUAGUAGUUUCAGUGAUGAGAAGUCUGUUUCGUCAAAUUUGUUCCUUCCACUGGAAGAAGAGCUGUGCCCAGAUAUGGCAGCUGAUCAGUUUUAUAAUUGUCACCCGGGGACAGAAGAGGUACGAGCUAAUGUGGAGCGAUUUCUCUCCUGUUCUCCGCCUUCUCUCAGUGGACUCUCAGCCGUGGAGCGUGAAGUCACUCAGGAUUUUGAACCUGACCAUACGCCCUGCUCACCCAACUCAGAGCGUGAACACAGUCAUAAACCUGCUUCUCUGACGUCACACUCGGCUGUGAAUUCUCAACAAAACUUUGAAAAAUAUUCAGUUAAACAUGUUAGCCAUCCUCCUGAAAAUUAUUGUGUCUUUGGCAAAACUGAUAAUAAGAUUUCUGAUCAGCCCUCCUGUGGCUCUGACAAUAGAGCCUAUAAUAUUAAAGAUAAAAACUUAGUAUCUAGCAGUUAUGCAAAUCUUGCAAAGAAUUUGGUUGACGAAAAUAGCCAUGAAGAUGAUAGUGACCCCCCAGUAUUCGCCAAUGAGGGUGAGAGCUUGCUAUUAUUUGAAGAUAGUAUUGGAGAAUUGGAUGGUGCGGGCCUUUCUCCCUGUAAGAGUAAUAGUCGGCUCCCAAGUGUGUCCGAUGAAACUCUUAUAAGUGAGAUGCCUCCAAUCUCUCGCUUCUUAAUUUCGGAUGAGCUUUUGUUAGAUGAUGAUUCUGAGCCCGAAGACCCGAUCACGUGUGAUACCAAGAGCUGGAAAUGUCAUGAAGGUUUGAAAGACGAACAUAAAGGACCGAAGAGUGAGGGGCAGACUUUCGAUUGCUCUGCAGAUUUAUUUUCCAUUACCUUCAAUUUAGGAUUUUGUAGUUCAGGUUCUGAUGAUGAAAUCCCAGGCCAUGUAUCCGGUAGGAGUAGCACGCCCGAAGUAGCUGGUCUCCCGGGAAGGCAUUCUGAUAAGGAAAUCAGCGGUGCCAGUGACACUGCAGAUCCGCCAGGUGGAGCCAUAUCACCAAUCCGGGCAGGAAACCUGCAGUGCCCACGCUCUCCUGCGAAUCAGGAACCCGCCUCUCCCUGCUUUCCCCCAUGCUUGCCAGUGAAGGAGAGAGUUAUGAGUACGCCACUUUCUAAAGCAAACGUGUGGAGCCUGUGUUCUAAGACAGGAGCAGGGAAGACACCAGGUUCUACCGAGGAGAAAGCUGAUGUACAGAGGUCCAAAGUGACAUUGAAUCCAAGAGUUGACGAUCUAGGAGAAGAGCUCAAAAGCAGUGAUCACCUCUUUCGGCUUCGGUCCCCUCAGCGUACUGAAGUUGAACACUUAACUAGUGAAAGUGAAGAUGAUGUUUUCCUGAGAAAGACUAAAAAACCCAAAGCAAAUGUCCUGAAGUCCCCUGAGGUGAGUCAUUCGUGUCUCACAGUGAUGGAAUCAAGUGAAGGCCAUGCUCUCCCCUUUCAGACUCCGUGUCACAUUUUAAUUAGACUGCUUAUCUGUUUUAUCCAGGAUUGGAAAAACAGUGACGUCGAUUCGCCUGUUCAUGCUGUGAAAAAGUCCAGGGUUCUUAGGUCAGAAUUGUCAUCUAGUGACGAGAGUGAGCAUUCUCUCAUGCCGUGUUCACAAUUGGAAGACUUCAAGGAUCAUGAGAGGAACGCCAGGAAAGGCUCCAAAGUACGAAAGAAAAGGAAUCAUGUAAAGAAUAUAGCUCGGAUGUUUCUAGAUGACGAGGCGGAGGUUUCGGAAGAGGAUGCAGGGAGUGUGUCACCAGAUGAAGAUGAGUUGGAAAAUGAGCAGGAUUCGUCCCUUCUCGACUUUGUGAAUGACCAGACCCAGCUUUCACAGGCUAUAAACGAUUCUGACAUGAGAGCUAUUUACAUGAGAUCCGUGCGGAGUCCACUGACGAGCACAAAGUACAGAAUGGACCGUGAGAAGCAUAACAACAUGAACAUUUUCUCUCAGAUUCCUGAGCAAGAUGAAAGCUAUUUAGAGGACAGUUUUUGUGUUGAUGAAGAGGAGUCUUGCAAAAGCCAAUCAUGUGACGAAGAAGUCUGUGUUGAUUUUAACUUAAGUAAAGAUUCUUUUACUGAGGGGAACGUAAGAUAUAAAACCCGGUAUGCAGUAAAGCUGAAACAAAUGAGCAUGAAACAAAACUGUCCACGGCCAAAAAAGAAGCUGUCUCGUAUCAUUUUACCAGACGAUGACUCGGAGGAGGAGGUUAGCACCGUGAGUGACAGAGAAGACCCCAGUGCCCAUGGUGGCACUGCAGACAAGCACACGCGGCAGGGCCAGCGGGGCCAGCAGGGUGAUUCCGGGCCUCCUGGGUCUUCAGCACAGCUCCAGGUACUUUCUAAUCCACCAGCUCAUCAGAAUCCCAUGCAGAGGCAUCAGGUGGUUCAGAGUCGAACGGCUGCCAUCCCUGAAGUUGCGAACCUCGAGGCUCGGAGCCAUCACACAAUCCCGUCUACUUCGUCUCCAUGUGCGAGAGCUGAGUCAUGGAAGGAGUGUGGGAAACGUCCAGCAGAGUUGAAGUGCUUUCCCUUCCAGGUUGAUGACCCGGAGGAAGGCAAGACUUCAGCAGCACCCCGUUCUAAUUCACCCCUACAUGUGGCUGAGGUCCAUCCGGCCCCGAGCCUUCCACACGAAGGAAAUAGAGCUUGCAUCCUUGUAGACAGUCGUGAAAUCACUUCUGGUUUAGAAGUAAUUUCUUCGCUAAGAACCGUUCAUGGGUUACAAGUAGAGGUUUGUCCUCUUAAUGGCUGUGAUUACAUCGUCAGCAACCGCAUGGCGGUAGAAAGGAAGUCUCAGGCCGAGAUGUUGAAUAACAGCAGUAAGAACAAGUUCAUCGAGCAGAUGCAGCGCCUGCAGGGCAUGUUCCAAAGAAUAUGUGUGAUUGUGGAAAAAGACAGAGAAAAAGCAGGAGACAUAUCACGAAUGUUUAGAAGAACGAAGUGUUACGACAGUCUGCUAACCGCCUUAGUUGGGGCUGGAAUCCGAAUCCUUUUCAGCUCUGGACAAGAAGAAACUGCAGAUUUACUAAAGGAGCUGUCAUUGGUGGAGCAAAGAAAGAAUGUUGGUAUUCAUGUUCCAGCAGUGCUGAAUCCUGGUAAAUGUGAGGCCCUGCAGUUCUAUCUGAGCAUUCCCGGUAUAAGUUAUAUAACUGCCUUAAAUAUGUGUCACCGGAUGUCAUCUGUGAAAAAGAUGGCUAACAGCUCACCUGAAGAAAUCUCCGCAUGCGCUCAAGUAACUCACCAAAAGGCUGAGGAGAUCUACAGAUAUAUUCGCUGUACAUUUGACAUGCAAAUGUUACCAAAUGAUCUCAUCCAGGAUAGACUGAAACCUGACGCAUGCACAACACUCCAAGUGUGAUUAUGAAUGAACUCUCCAGUACUAAACAUUCUUUAAUAAUCAUUGUAGUUCGUGAUUACCAGUUUAAAAUAUGUAAAUAUUUCAUCUUUAUAUAUUGUAUACUGUUAUUUAUAGACUAUAAUUUAUUUUUAAAAGGAAACGUUUGAUAUUUCAUAAUCAUUUUGAUGAAACUGUGAAACAACUUUUUAUUGAAUAAAUCAAGGCUGAUGAAAAGCUGUUCAGCCUGGUUUAAGCAUCUAAGGCAAGCCAAGGGGCUGGGAGAUGACCAGCUCCCUAAGUGCUUGCUGCACAGACCUGAGGACCUGAGUUCAUCCCAG